AUGGAGGUGGCUUCAAUUGUGAAUACACUUCAUAUACAUGAGUUGAAAGGCUUAUCGGAGGAAGAGUGUUGGUCGAUAAUCAGAGCAAAAGCCUUCGGAAAAAAAGAUGUUCCAUCAGAAUUUGAGGCCAUUGGUAGAAAGAUAGCAAGAAGGUGUCAAGGUUUGCCAUUAGCUGCCAACAUAGUUGGAGGAGUGCUACACAAUAAAUCCGAGGAGAAAUGGCGUUUAAUCGAGGAGAAAUGGCUUUCACCAAAUGAAGGUGGAGAUAAUAUCACAAAAAUAUUAAGAUUGAGCUUUGAUAAUUUGUCUCCACCAUUACUUAAGAAGUGCUUUGCUUACUGUGCGAUGUUUCCUAAAGGCUCUGAAAUCAUCAAACAAGAAUUGAUUGAGAUGUGGAUGGCAGAAGGUUUCCUUCAAGCUGAUGGCAGGGAUGACAUGGAGUCCGUGGGCGAAGAAUUUAUCAACGUUCUUCUGCACAACUCUUUAUUGCAAGUUUCAAGGAGAGAUCUUAAUGGAAAUGUAGUAAGUUGUGGGAUGCAUGAUCUUGUGCACGAUCUGGCUUGUUCUGUUUCAAGUUCGUCUAACAGUACAGGUGGUAGCAGCCGAGUUCGAUACAUGCUUCUCGAAGACAACUAUUGUGGAGACGAAUCAAGUCGUAUCCCAAAAGAAAUGGCAAAGUCUUUGCGUACAUUACUAAUAACAUCGGAAGGUGAUAUUUCUGAUAUCAACUUCUCAGACUUGGAAAGUUUGCAUGUUUUACGUCUUGACUCUGAAGUUAAAGAGCUGCCAAGUUCGAUUCAAAAGUUGAUACAUUUGAGAGAUUUAGACAUUUCAAAGACAAGAAUUGAAGUUUUGCCGGAUUGGAUUGGUGAAUUCUUUCACUUGCAGACGUUGAGAGUGGACUCACUAUGGUUGAAGAAACUGCCAAGUACGAUUAAGUACUUGAUUAACUUGAGGCAUCUUUAUAUUAACAAGUGGGUAGAGUUGCCUAUGGGAAUUGGGAGAUUAACUUCUCUCCAAACGCUAGAGUACUUUCCAGUGGGCGACAAGAAUGGCUGCAAAAUUGAAGAGCUCGGAAGUUUGAUUAAUCUUAAAGGAGAGUUACAGAUUUGGAAUCUGGAAAGAGUUCAUGACAAGGAAGAGGCUGGGAAAGCGAAUUUAUUCGAAAAGUCAAAAAUAUUGAACUUGGGUUUGAAAUGGGAUCGAUUUAGAGAAGGUGAAAGAAAUGAUGAGGAUGUAUUGGAAGGCCUCCAGCCUCACUCAGAUCUGAGGGAGUUACAGAUUGAUGGAUUCAAAGGCAGUAGGUUUCCAUUAUGGACUCAGAAGAUGUCAGUUCGAGAUGCGCCUCAAGGCUCUUGGGUGCUACUUAACUACUUAAUUGCCUUAAAACUCUCAUACUGCUUCGAAUGUGAAGAGAUCCCAAUGUUGGGGCACUUGCCCAAUCUCAAGUCCCUUGAGUUGGAAGGAUUGAGCAAUUUGAAGUGUAUAAAUUCAUCAUUCUACGGAAUGGUGAACAAGGACACACGCAUUGUUUUUCCAGCUCUCGAGACCUUCGGAUUGCAUGGAAUUCCUCAGCUGGCAGAGUGGGCAGAAAUAGAAAUUUCGGAUGGAAGUGAAGUGAAGCUAUUUCCUCGCCUCCAACAUUUGGAAAUCAAGUGGUGUAAACAAUUGAUGAGUGUUCCAAGUCAUGUCUCGUCAUGCCUUGAAUUUCUGUGGAUUGAUGGGAUCGGUGUGGAAUGUCUGCCAGCUGAUUGGUUAUUGAGUAACAGCGAGACUCUAUUGGAGUUGUAUAUAGAGGAGUGCCCGAAUUUGAGAGAAAUAUCAGAUAGGUGGGGAGAAGAAGAAUCAGAAGGAAGAAGCUUCACAAUCACAUCCCUCCCUAUAUUCCCUCGUCUAAAAGCUUUGCAAAUUUAUGAUGUUCCUAAGUUAAGUGUGGAGACUGUGGAUGCAAUGCGGCGCCUCCGAAUUGAUGGAUACAAAGACAUUAACCCGUGA